AUGGCCGAUGUCAAACCCCCCUUUACCGAGGAAACGGCAAGAAAGAAGGUCAAAGCCGCACAGAACCUGUGGAAUACCCAAGAUCCCGUCCGGGUGGCCCAGGCCUAUACUGCCACCUGCAUCUGGCGCAAUCGCACCUCGUUCUUCUCUGGCACCGAUGGAAUUAUCUCUUUCUUGACGGCCAAAUGGAACCGCGAACAGAACUACAAGCUUCGCAAAGAGCUCUUUUCCUUCACCGAUAACCGUAUUGCCGUGCAAUUCUGGUACGAGUUCCAAGACAAGGAAGACGGCCUGCGGUGGAAGCGGUGCUAUGGACUUGAAGAUUGGACCUUCGAUCGGGAAACUGGGAAGAUGUGUAAGCGGAUGAUGAGUGGGAAUGACGUGGUGAUCGGGCCUGAUGGAAAUGGUGAGGGCAGGUGGUUUGUGGACGGGGUUGAUGUCGAGGAAGUGAAGAUCGGAGAUGAGCAUUGGUAA